UAACAUGUUAGAAAAGUACAAUUCUUAAGGCGGGUUGUACAACAAGUUACAGCAGAAACUCGAAAGUAGCAUUGGGCCCGUCUUGGGACCAAAAUCCCAAAUUUCAACAUCGUUGGCGUAGAGCGCACCCUUUCCGUUCACCAUCACCAAACGGCGCAUCACCAACAAAUAAAACGACAAUACAUUACUGCUGCACCUGCACUCGCCGAAACCUCUGCAAAUUUAUGCUUCGACUGUUUUUCGUAUCCAUACGUCGGAGUAAAUUCCACAUGUCUUCAGUGGUUUUUGUCAUUGUGUGUAUUUUAACAGUGUAUGUAUCAAAUAUCGAGGCGUCGUCUUCUGUGAUUUCGACGCCGUUUUCGGUUGGAUCUCGUUCGAUUCUGCGAUCAAUCGACAGAGAUAGAGCUGACAAACCAGAUUACGCGGUGGAAUUGAACGCCACGGAUUUUGAUGCGGUGCUUAAGGAGACUCCGGCUACUUAUGCCAUUGUUGAAUUCUUCGCUCACUGGUGCCCUGCAUGCAGGAACUACAAGCCACAAUACGAGAAGGUUGCAAAGCUUUUCAAUGGAGCAGAUGCUGUUCAUCCAGGGAUAAUAUUAAUGACCAGAGUAGAUUGCGCCUUAAAGCACAGAUAAAUACUAAUCUUUGUGAUAAGUUCUCUGUUGGGCACUACCCAAUGCUUCUAUGGGGUCCACCUUCUAAGUUUGUGUCUGGCAGUUGGGACCCAAAGCAAGAUAAGAGUGAAAUAUGUUCUAUCGAUGAUGGACGGACAGCUGAUAGACUGCUAAAUUGGAUUAAUAAGAAAAUUAACAGCUCUUAUGCUUUGGAUGAUAAGAAAUAUGAGCAUGAGCAUUUUCACACAAAUGCUUCAGAUCCUGGACAGAUUGUACGUGCUAUAUAUGAUGUUGAGGAGGCAACAUCCACUGCUUUUGACAUCAUUUUGGAUCACAAGAUGAUCAAAUCAGAGACUCGAGCAUCACUUGUUAAAUUCUUUCAGCUUUUAGUGGUCCAUCACCCAUCUAGAAGGUGCAGGAAAGGAACUGCCAAAAUACUUGUCGAUUUUGAUGAUGUUUCAGCCAACAAGGAGUCUCCAAUUGUUGGCGAGAAAGUUGCACUCAGGAAUUAUCAGAUUUGUGGGAAAGAUGUUCCUCGCGGAUACUGGAUGUUCUGUCGUGGCAGCAAGAAAGAGACUAGAGGAUUCAGUUGUGGAUUGUGGGUCUUAUUACAUUCAGUUUCUGUAAGAGUUGAUGAUGGAGAAAGCCACAUGGCAUUUACCACUAUUUGUGAUUUUAUUCACAAUUUCUUUAUUUGCGAGGAGUGUAGGCAACAUUUUUAUGACAUGUGUUCAAGUGUUUCCAACCCUUUCAAAAAAGCUCGUGAUUUUGUCCUUUGGUUGUGGGAUGCGCACAACAAAGUUAACAAGAGACUUAUGAAGGAAGAGGCAUCUGCUGAAACUGGCGAUCCCAAAUUCCCAAAAAUCAUAUGGCCUCCGAGACAGCUUUGUCCAUCUUGCUAUCUGAACAAAAACAGCAAAGAUAACGAUAACACUCAGAUUCAUUGGGAUCAUGAUGAGGUUUAUCGGUUUCUGAUUCGCUACUAUGGGGAGAAGCUCACUACCCUGUACAAGGAUAAGGAACUUCUCACAGAUAGGAGGCCCGAUGUAAUGCUAUCUGAGGAUUUGAUAGCUUCAUCACAUGCAGUUGUGGUGCCCGUCGGAGCUGCACUGGCUAUUGCAGUCGCAAGCUGUGCGUUUGGAGCACUCGCCUGCUACUGGCGUCAGCAACAGAAGAGUCGGAAGUAUAAACACCAUCUACACUCUUAUAAAAAAAUAUAACUAUGUAGAGGAUUAUAGCUGUUAACUAAUGAAGAAACAUAAAAGGAGAGCGAAACAAGAACCAAAAGUACGAUGAUGAAAGUGAAAAUUGAGAGGAUAUAGGUGUUUGUAUUCCCAGGAGUUUUGGCGUUCUCAUUUAUUGUUUUGCACAAACAUUUCAGGCCGAGGAAAAGCUGGAACUGAUGUUGGUAAAGGAUUAUACAUGAAUAUCGGUUAGAGUUCACGAAGCAAGAGAAUUCAGGGCUUGUAUCAGAAACAGGGUGAAAGCCUUCUACAAGAUAGUCUUCCCAGGACAAUAUUCAGUACCUUUCUUCUCUGGCUUCUUUUUACUAAUUGGAGUUGUACAGAUGUUAAAUGUGAAUUUUGUAUUAUCUGAAAAUUCGUUUGAUGAUUUGAACUCAUUUCCAUUUUUUGUACUCUGAUGUGUAACCUGAGUAGUACUCAUUUCAGAUAUAGUCGUUCUUGCUUCAAGUCAUCCGCUGACAUUGGACAUUUCCAAACAAUGAAAGAGCUUAUUUUGUUUAUA